UCUGUAGUUUAAUCUAUUGUAUCAGUAUCUGUUUGUAUCUCUUUAAUCUAUAUCUGUAAGAUUAUUGUUUUGUGACAAUUUUGCAGGCGGCUUAUAGUUUUGAAUUUAUCAACUUGUGGGUAAAACCACAUUUUUUCUUGCAAUCUUUGUAUAAUAGCUUUUAAGAACAAUGCUUUGGUUGUUAUUUAUCAGCCUAAAUGCGGUGAUGUUUCCUUUAGUAAAGUCAGAGAAAAUAACGGACAUGGUCGAAUCUUGGGUUACAAUUUCAUCAGUAAAAACUGAACCCAGUGAUGAGAAAGGAUCAACCGUACUCCGUUUGACAACUGACAAUACCGAAAUCGGAAACAUCGAUUUAAUUUUGACCCAAAGAGGAAGCUUGCACAGUCCUCACUUGAAAUCGACGGUCACGAAAUGCCUUUACCAAGGAUACGUUUUAAAGGACAAAGUUGCCCUUAGCGAUAGCCCAGUUCGGAUCAAAUUCUGUGAUAAGAAAGAUCAGAAUAUUCGAGAACUUUCUGGAUUGAUUUCUCUGAAUGGAAAAGUUUUCACGCUGUACACUGACACUGCAAAUGGAAAAUGGAUCAUGUUUUCGAAUGAGCACAUUCGGAAAGAUCUGAAAAACGACGACAGAAGUUGCGAUACUGCAGAAGCCAAAGACGGAACAGGGCUUGGACCGAAAACGAGUAAUGAAGUUUCCAACCCCACGAAGAGCAGAAAUGAUUCGGAGUUAACAAACUCAACAAAUGGGCAGGACGCCCACGAAAGGAGCUAUGUGGAAAUCAUGAUGUUCCAUUCAUAUGAUUAUUACACAAUGUUCGGACCCUCAAAACAAGAUCUUCUGGACAGGGACAUAGAACUAGUUCACUUCGCCGACUUCUUCUACGCCGACAUAUCUGACAUCAACCUUCACCUCUCUCUGGUAGAUGUUCACACCUUCACAACUCCAAAAUCAGACCCAACAUUCAGUCACACAACCGAUGAUGGACUGCUGGAAAAGUUUAUGGACUACCACACAAGUAAUUGGAAAAGCUUCCCAACUCAAGACAACGCCAUUUUCCUCGUCGGCAACAAGAACUUUACUGAUAAUACGACUGCUAUUGGCAGGGCGUUCUUGGGAUCGAUUUGCAGUUUCGAAUACUCAGGCAGUUGGCUGAAAGAGUAUUUUCACGAGACAGCAUUGCAAGCGGAGAUUUUGGCCCACGAACUGGGCCACAAUUUCGGACUGAAUCACAACCCCACUGGCGUAGACGACCCCUGUAGUUGCCCCUCUGGCGAACAUUGUGUCAUGGAUGCCCCCGGUUCCUCCUAUGGGGCCGCAACAAUGUUUACGGAUUGUCAAAAAGCAGCCCUGAAGAGUUUCAUGGAACACGGUAACUCUAUGUGUCUGCACAAUGAACCUGUGCAACAUAUAGAUGCCCCCUUCUGUGGGGACUACAUUGUGAACAGGGAGGAGGGGGAGGAGUGUGAUUGUGGGGGAGUGGACACCUGCGAUGACCCCUGCUGUCACCCCAACACCUGUACACUCAUCACUGGUGCAUCAUGUUCGGCCAUGGAUCUCUGCUGCAACCCUGGAACCUGUCAAGUUCGCAGUGCUGGAUUCGUCUGCCGAGAAGAGAGCAACGAAUGUGACGUAACUGAAGUGUGCACUGGAACCAGUGCCGAGUGUCCGAAUGACGACUACAACAGAGCAGGCAUGGAAUGUACUGCAGAUGGAGCAUCGGGACACUGCUACGCGGGAAGCUGUCGAUCGGUUUACUCUCAAUGUCUUAAGUAA